GUUGCUUCUUAUUAAUUUACAUAUGAAAUUUCAUUUGUAGAUUGUGAACAUUCUUAGAAUGGAAGAAGCAAUUUUUACUUCCUCUGAGGCAAUAGACGCUGUCGAAUUUGGGGACAGGACUAUUGAAAUCAUUGGAUACGUCCAACAAUUUUCUCCUCAAAGGAAUACUGGGAAUUCGGAGUUUUUUAAAUUUAUACUUUCGAAUGGAGCAGGGAAAAAGAUACAGUGCUGCGCUUGGGGUGCUGCAGACAUCGAUGCCAUAGAAAGAGAAGUGUUAGUGAAUAACAUUUUACAUAUCGACGGAGCUUGGGCGAGAGUUCCAUCAAAAGAGGAGUACAAUAAAGGAAAUUGUCAUUUCGAACUUCAACUUUUUGCAACUACUGCUAUUGAAUGUUUCGGACAGCAUUUAGAAGCCAUUGAAGAGGAUGAUUUAGUCGAUACAAUUGUUCUACCUAAUGUAGUUCACUGCGAACUUGGAACAAAAAUUAAGAUCGUAGGAUAUCUCAGGACAGUAUUUGUCGAACAACGACUUUGCUUUGGUUCUCAAGUGGGCACAUUUGGUUGCGGUUCCAUCACUGACGGCACAAAUAAAUUAGAAGUGAGAGUAGCCAGCAUUCUUGAACUUCCCAAUUACCAGAAAGGGCAAAAGGUUGAAAUAACUGGAACCGUGGAACAUCAAGGAUUGCGAUUCUAUUUGCAAAUCAACAACUUCAACGACAUUAAAGUCAUAGAGGACAAAAUUAUGCCUUUGGGACAACUACUGGCUGGUUAUAAAGAUUAUAAACGACCACUGACAGAUUUUGAGCAGCCUUCCACUUCAAGAUGA